AUAAAAGACGAUGCCCGACGGGGAAAAAACGACCCCGUCCACACAGAAAGCGAGGAUACAAAUCCAGCCAAGCCCACCACCCCGUUCCCGCGGAAGGGGCCGGGGCCGGGGCCGGGGCCGGGCUCCGUCGAGACAGAGGGCAUUGUGUGCCGGCUGCUGGUGGCGCUGCUGAGUCUGUGUGAAGGGCUGCGGGGGCUCCCUGCCCCGCGCCUGAAGCCCUCAGACCCCCGGGCCGACUUCGACUCCAUCAUCAGCCUGGCCAAGAACCUGCUGAGUGACACCAAACACCUGUUCCAUCACUUUAAAUCCCGGUACCCGGCCGAGGGGGAGCACAAGAUGGACACGUUGCCCGUGCUGUCCAUGAGUGCUGUGGAGCUGGCCAACAUCCAGGUGCCCGGGGGCCUGGCGCGGCUCAGCGCGGACCUGCACAACUACCAGAAGCACCUGGAGUGGCUGCGCCGGGCGGGGCCGGUGCUGCGGCCCCUGGAGCAGGACUUGGGAGCCCUGCACGCCCGGCUGGAGCGCCUGAUCAAGCGCCUGGAGCACCUGAUGUCCAGGCUGAACUUGCCCCGGCCCAGCGACCCGCUGCCCGUGCUGCCCUCGCACGGCACCCACUGGGCGGUGGUGCAGGCCGGCCACGCCCUCUUCCACAGCCUGCACCUCUACCUGGACUGGGCCGCCCGCGCCCUGGUUCUGAUCCGCAACAAGCUGUGACGACCGGCGCGCUGGGGGGCCCUGCCCCGGGAACACCUGGGGUCCCCCAUCCAGCAUUCCAGGGCACAGGGGUCCUGCCCCCCAGCUGUGGCACCCACUGGGCCCCCCCCACACCAAUAGG